AUGGCUUCCACAAGCUCAUGCCUACUCCAGACUCUAUCGGUUGCUCGCGGGCACAAUGCGCAACCUAGCUCCGUCAAGGUUCUCGCCUCUGCACGUGCGCUGCCGGCGCUCCCUAACCGGAGACAGUGGCUGUUCUUGUUGACGGCGACGACAGCACUGAAGGCGGUGGAAUUACCGUCGAGAGCGCAGGACAUACCGCUGUUUGGGCUGAGGAAGAAGCUGAAGAAAGCGGAGGAGGAAGCGGAGGAGAUCGUCAAGGCAGGGUUUGAGACGGCCGAGAAAGGAAUCGAAGCGGCCGAGAAAGGAAUUGAAGCAGCCGAGAAAGGAUUAACAACGGCGGAGAAGGGAUUAGCAACGGCGGGGAAGGAGAUCGAAAAGGAAGUGAGUUUCGGGGGGUUGGCGCAGGCGGUGGUGGUGGCGGGAGCGGAGGUGGUUGGGGUUCUGAUUGCUACUUCAGUUGUGAAUGGGAUUUUAGGGCCUGAAGCUCAGAAAUCGUGA